AUGGCUUUUCUUGAGCUUGCCAUGGCAGGGCUCUCCCUGAGCCCGAUUACCUCUGCUUCGUUCUCAUACAAUUUAAACUACCGCUCCCAUUCCCAUAAUCACCCUGAUAUGGGAAUUGCCAUUAACAAGGUGCACAAGCGGAAUGUUCCAUCCUCUCCAUUCAACCCCGAGGAUCUGUACUUCACUCAUAGCGUUGCUUCUGGAGAUCCUUACUCCAAUUCUGUGAUCCAAUGGACCUGCGUCUCACCUAUGAACAAGAGCAGUGACUCCAACGUGGCUGUCAGUGGUACAGCCCCUCUGUAUGACCAUGGCAACGAUAGAUACGUUUCCGUUUCUACUGCGCCCGUUUGUGUGGAGCACAAAGUUGCAAGGGAUGGCAUGAUGAGGAAAGUCGUCACCGGCAGAGAAGUUUGGACUUCCUCUGAUGUUGACUAUACAGUCAAGCCCAGGGAUUUUUCAAUGCCUACGGUAAUGCUGCCUGUAAAGACAAUGCCGAUUACGUUAUCCAUCUUGGUGACUAUAUCUACGAGCACAAAGAGGGCGAGCACUAUGCUUUUUAAUGGUGAAUAUCAAACCAUUCCGAUACUGAAAUGUCUUGCUAUAAAGGUGGCUACGGAUGGGGCUGGUUCAUGGAUCGCAUCCCACAGCCUGCGGAUCACAAUACCAAAACUUCCCUGGAUCACCAUUUGGGAUGACCAUGAGGCGAAGAACAACAUCUGGAAAGCUGGUUCGUCUAAAAUGAACAAUACAGAAGAAUCCUUCAUUAAGGCCGGUGGAAUUUCCAUCAACCAAGUUAAGGCCAACGCCGUCCGUGCUCACUUCGAGUGGAUGCCCAUCCGCCAGGUCGAUAUGGACGAGACCCUCCGUAUCUGGCGCAACUUCGAGAUUGGCGAUCUAUUCAGUCAUAUCAUGCUUGAUACCCGUGUCUAUGAUGGCUCCCUUCGAGAAUCUGCCAAGCGCAAAGCCAAAUGGCGGAUCGUUGGCCAGCAAGUACUCAUCUCCAAUAUCACGUACACCGAUGGCAGGGAAGAAACCCCCUAUAACGCCGACGCCUGGGAUGGAUACCGCGCCAGAAAAAACAGGAUCCUCUCCACCAUCCUUGAUAACGAAAUCAACAACACCAUCUUCCUUGCCGGCGACACUCAUGCCUCCAAUGUCUCUGACCUCGUCUACACGGGCCAUGGCGAAUAUGACCCCAAAUCCGGCUCAGGAGCCAUUGGUGUCGAGUUUGGUGGCUCUGGCGUCACCUCCCCCGAGCCCGUCGGCCAGAACGGUACCUUCGCCAAGGGAGCCGAGAAGUGA